UUUCUGAGUUUUAUAAGAACGUUUUUUAAAAAUCAACGGAUAAUAAUAUUAUUAUUAUCAUCACUAAUAAAAAUAAUCUCUUAUAAGAUAUAUCAUAAUUUUUUUUUUAUCCUUUGAACCUCUUUUUUAAACCGAAACUUUGUAUAAAUCAAAAAUCGAUUUUAUAAUUAAAUAUAUAUAUCAGCUGACUUUUUGAUCAUCCGCAGUAAUGCCAGUUCAAGUACUUACCGGUGACAAAUUUCGUGAUAAUUGUAUUAAUUUAAUUCAUAAAGCACUCAUAGGUGAUGACAAAGUAAAGAUCAACGAAGCAGAAGAAUCUCGAUUGGCGGAGAAAGCAAAACUUAUUGAACAAUAUAUUUACCGAAAUUCCAAUUAUACUGUUAAUAAAAAUUAUAAAGAUACAGCUCGUAGUAAGAUUUGGAAUUUAAAAGAUAAAAAGAACCCUGAAUUACGGCAAAAUGUUGCUGAAGGUUCCAUCAAUGAAGAAGAAUUUGCACAAAUGGACGCUGAGGCUAUGGCUUCAAAAGAAAGAAAACGUCAAAAUAUAAUUAUUCGAAAGAAUUCACUUGCAAGUUCAAUUGCUGAUUUAAGCGAUCUUGAUCGCUCCAAUAUCGUUAAUAAUAGAAACGUAUAAAAUCUUAAAAUAAUCAAAAAAAAAUUUUUUAUAUAAUACUUUCUUCAUCCCUCAACUCCUUACAUAAAAAAUCAUCAUUCAGUUUGAUUCUUGUCUUUUUUUUCCAUAUUACCAUAUUUGUUGAUAUUCAAAAAUUAAUUUCAUUUUAAAUACAUGUUUAUAACUUCAAGA